CAUACCCCGCAUCGUCGAACAUCAAGCCGCCGCCUCCCACACUCCGCAGUGAAAGCCUUCCCUCCCUGCCUGUCGUGGCUGCCUUCCUAGGUUGCCGCUGAGUCACCAGGACAGAUAAACGGACUUCCCGUUUCCUCCAAACCCUUUGAUUCUCCCCGCCUUGUUCUGCAACCAACCCGUCCUUCAACCCAUCGCGAAAAGCCCUCGUAGCCGUACAACGUCAUGGCCACUGUGAUAACCGGUGGCUUCGGCGCCUCCGAUGGAGCGAGCUCUGGCACCGAGUUCGUCGCCAGGCUGCCUCCGCCGGGCGACGACCUGAAAGACUACGACAACACCAAGCCCCAUCAUCAACAGCCCGCGUCGAUCCCGCAGAUCUUCCGCGAUGCCAUGUCGGUACGCGAGCUGGUCUUUGGGCAACAGGGGAUUCCUCUCGAGGCCGAGUUCGACGACGACGAUGCCCGCAGCUGGCACUGGGUUGUCUAUGCUUCCGUUGCGGCAACUUCGGCCUCGCCCACCUCCGAUGCCGCGCCUGGCCUGCCACUCUCGAACACGAGCACGAGCACGAAUCCGAGAGUUGACUACCGUCGUUCCUCGGCCUCUGCCAACGCUACCGCACAGCGUCUCCCCGUCGGCACCAUCCGCCUGAUUCCCCCUCCCCACGGGCCGAACAAGUAUCUCCACGGGGACAAGCACCCGGAUGCCGACCCUCCCGCAGCUAUCACCGAGAGUGUCGAGAAGAAACACCCUACAGGUACAGAGCCAUAUAUCAAGCUUGGCCGGUUGGCUGUCCUUCCAGACUAUCGCUCCAUCGGCCUGGCGAAGCUGCUCAUCAAUGAAGCUCUGGAAUACGCAGCAAAACAUCCUCAGAACAUCCGGCCUCCGCCUUCGCCCACCAAGUUGGAAAUUGCAAAUCAGCUCGGAGGUGCCAGCGAAACCGUCGCUGCUUGGCAGGGCCUGGCCAUGGUGCACGCCCAGGUCUCUGUUGUAAAACUCUGGGAGAAACUCGGUUUCACCGAGGAGCUACGAGACGCCUCCGGCGAGGUGGAGAUAUCCAAGGAACCGCACUGGAUGGAGGAGGGGAUUGAGCACGUUGGACUGUGGAAGAGGCUGAAGCUGGACACGAGGUUGUAGACAUCCGCCCCACCGCUGACAAUGCGUUGGGUUGCAUCUUCCUAACAUUUAUCCUCCUCCCGCUCUGUCCUAAACAUUCACUUCGUUGACACUUUGCUCACUGGGUUAUCUAGGGAACAGGACUUCAACCCGAUACUUGUUCCUCCCAAGUGGGGAUGGUCACGAGGAAAGAUGUUUGGGUAACAGUGUGCCGGGGUCCCUACAGGAUUUUGCCAUA